UUCCAUUAGUGACGGUUUUUUAAUCUUCUACUUCGUCGUCACUGAAAUUAUGGAUGUUUCGACACCGCUCCGGCUAUUGGAACUCAACCUGAUAUCUGCUCAAGAUUUGGAACCCAUCGUCCGCCGCGGAAUGAAGACGUACGCGGUGGCUUGGGUCAACCCGAAACGCAAGCUCACGACCCGAAUCGACACCGAAGGCCACACCAACCCGACGUGGAACGAUAAGUUCAUUUUCCGGGUCGACGACUUGUUCUUGUCCAGUGAAACGUCCGCCGUCAUGGUCGAGGUCUACGCCGUCCAUUGGUUCCGUGAUAUCCACGUCGGGACCGUUCGGAUCAUCGUCGGGAAUCUCUUGAAGUCGAGCUCGUCGGGCCAUCAAUGCCUUGAAUUUGAGCUGGGGAUGAGGUUCGUCGCGCUUCAGGUCCGGCGGCCUUCGGGUCGGCCGCAAGGCAUUUUAAACAUCGGGUUGACGUUGCUCGACGGUUCGAGGAGGAGCAUGCCGUUGUAUAUGCAAAUGGGUUCAUCGGCGGUCGGGUACCAAUAUUUUAUGGGCGAAGACGAGCCGGUUCAAAGCAGUGAUCGGAGCAACAACAACAACAACAACCAAUUUUCAUUUGAACCGAUCAAACAUGAGCUUCGAAGAACCUUGAGCGAUUCGAGUUCGAUGUUGGGGUCUCAAUAUGUGCCGAUGAUCUCCUUUAAAGGAUCGUCCAUUUUCAACACCGGCGGCGGCGGUGGCCCGUCGGAAAGAAGCGACUACAAGAUCAAAUCGAGGGGGAGCUCAAUGUUGAAUUACACGUUUGAGAACGGUACUAACAAAAAAGAAAAAUCAAGCACGAUCAUAUACGGGUCAAGCGGGUUAACAUUUGGCGGGUUUGAUCACCGGGCUCGGAAGUACGAUUCCGAUUUGGGACCGUCGCCAUCGGAAGUUGCGGCCGCCGUCGCCAAGAUCAAGACCCAAAACAAAACGGACGAAGCAGAGAGCUCGUUGGUCGGGAGUUGGAGUUUGGACGAGAGCAUGGAAGGGAUCGUUUCGAAGCUAGAGAGGUGGAGGGUCGAGCUCCCUCCUAUGUACGACCACGACCGCGACGGCUACAGCGACGGAAGCAGAGUUUCUUCUAGUAGUCUGGGGAAGGCUUUGACGGCGCCGAACAAAAAAACAAAACACACCCGAAGACGAAGCUCGCCGGGACUGUUUUCGUGUUUUGGCACCAUUUGCGGCCAUGAAUUUUCCAUAAAAUGCAGCGGAGCUGGCGGCGGAGCAAAUGCAGGGAAGAAAAGAAAAAUUUGCACCAAGCCCCUUCAAAGGGUAGCUUGAGUUUGCUUUGAAAUCGAGAAAA